AUGGAGACAAUGGAAAUGGCAGACAGAUACAAAUUUCAGAAGUCCUUCAGAAAUGCCAAAAAUGCCUCAAGUAGAAGCAAUGUGUUGCUAAAAAUCAGAUUGCAAAGAGAUCAAGAUUCCUCUGCUACGCGGAGGGGAGAACAUAAUGAAAAUCGUUUCUCUCAUCAGAGUAAAGCAGACCAAACAGAUCCGACACAGAAAACUCAAAAGGAGAAAGGGAGAGUUGUUACUGGAAUCCCAUCCUCAGAUGAGAAGGCAAAUGAGCAAGGACAGAAGAGCUUGCACAUUUUUCCUUGUGAUGAAGAGAAGCUAAAACAUGACUGUUCCUACCUACCAAAACCUCCCUCUGGGGUAGGAGGAGUGUGCCUGAUCGGCUAUUUGCUGAGUGUGUUUGUUGAGUGUUACCUGAGGAAUCAGCACCGACAUGACACAAAUGAGAUACCUCCAAGCAGACAAAGCCAAGCAGGGGUGAACACUGCCUAUGAAGCACCCACCUACGAGGAGGUGAUGAGGAUGUCAGUUCCCACAAUAUGGACGAUUGCAUCCAAUCCAGGCUUAGUGCCCUCACCACUGAAUGAGCCUCCUCCUUACAAUGUAGUUAUUGAAUCAUCUGCCCAAGAAGAGAUUAUGGUGGAUGCUCUCAGGAUGCCAGUGGCAUCAGACACAAGGCACACCUCUGAGACAGACACAGGCUCCAGAAUGCAGUUGCAGCUGGUGCUGCCCCCAAGACUGCAGCGGUUUGUUUCAGACAUCCAUGAAGUGAAAGGUAUUGAAGAUAGGUUUGAGCCACUGGAGCCACUCACGCCACCACCUGCUUAUGAGAGUGCCAUCAAUGAUGAAGUCUUUGAAGAUGCUUUCCAGGCCUCCAUAUUAUGAUUAAUUUCACCUUCUCUGAAUGCAGAACCAAACCCUUACCCCAAUACAGGGUGCUCCUGGAGGGAAGGUGGAAGUGCUGAGAUUUUUCACACCCAAAACUGUAAAAGUUUUUCUCACCAUUCUUUGAACCAGAGCUCAGCUACCAACACAGCUUCUGAUCUCAGUAGAAUCUUUUUGCACAAAACAUAAUUCAAUGCUAUCACAAUGCUUUGUAUUGGCAGAUAUGUAAAAGCACUGUCAGGAAAGUUGUGUUACAUACAGCAACAAUUCUCAAACUGGAGAUACACCUUUAUAGGGGAGAAGAGUGAAUCAUGAGAAGAGACAAGCUUGCCAAAGGACCUCUGAAGCAGGACUGUAGGAUGCAGCCAGGAGAAACUGCCUUGAAAAGGGAGGGAAUAGAAACAGUACUAAGUAGGUUAUGCCUCUGCAUUACAAAUAGCAGUACUGCUGAGAGCUCUGUGACUAUCCGCCACCCUAAAAUCCCUACUGAGAGACUGAGACUUCAGUUCCCUGAGUUGCUGUUUUGCAGCAACACAAAUUUAUGGUGUGCGCUGUUUGUUGCUACACCUCUGCUGCAUUUGCUCCAUGUCCUCAGCUCUGCUGAACUGGAGCAUGACUGAGGGGAGGGUGGUUGUCUUCACCCAGAAUCUGGCACCAUGUAGGGUUGAAAAGCUGACAGCAAACACGGCACCAUGAAAUUACUUUUGUUGUUCUCACAGUUCUCAUCCCACACAGCCUCCAGGUGGUGGACAAGAGGGAGGUAAGAGCAGUUUUUCUCCUGUAAGAGAGGCCAGCAGGGCAAUACACACACAUAUACAUAUCCUCCGCCCAGACCACCAGCCUUCACAGCUCUACAGGAGGGUGUAUUUCUCUGCUGUACUACAGCCCCAAACACAUCGCUUGAGAUACUUAACUGUCAUCAUGGCAACCAUUUGCACAGAAAGGUCAAUGGUCCUCCAGUUCCCUGUAACAACACUGUGCACAGAGGCUUCUCUCUGGACUCUGGAAAGGGCACGGCUUUUAGCCCAGGCCAGGCCACAGCUACAGCAGAGAGCACCUGAAAAUAGCAGGCACAAGGCACAGGCCCUCUUCAUUGUGAUGGCUCUAGGUUGGGAGCCAGGUUCUCUCUCUCACUGAUCAGUGAUGCUGUGCGGUCUUUUUAAAUGGCUGAAUUAAACUGAUGGGCUCUGCAGCACUAAAGUGUCUGCACUAUGCAAAAAGAUAUUAAUGUCUGGUUAAUGCCCAAAUAAUAAAAGAAGAAUAUGGUGGCCUGAAUCUCCUAUGAAGGUCAGCAGCAAUCAUCACAGCCUUGUCUAGUAUGACAGCAUCAUUUUUAAUUCAUAUGAGGAAACAUCAAACCAUAGGCUAGAAACAAAUAAAUUAUUUCUUACUAUUUGAUUCUUUACAAUUAAAAAAAAAGACUUUUUAUGUUGUUUAUAAAUAAAUGGGACUGCGCUAAAAA